AUGUUUAUGUGUCGCUGCUGUAAUUGGGCGUAUCCUGAUAAGACAAGCUUACAUAUACAUAUGCAAAGUAUGCUGCGGAAUGGUACUCCCGGUGAUGUUUCUGUCCUUGCCAGAAGUUCCAGCGAUGGUCCUGGAAUGGCUGGAGUCGUGGGAGAAAUGUCACCAAGAGAGCUUGAAGGAAGCCCAUCAGUAAGUCCUCCAGAAGCCUGUGGAAAUGAAUCACCGCCAGGCGAACAAACACAUGUUAAAAGUUCCUUAUUUGGUAAUAGUAAUGGUUUAUUGGACGGAUCCAUAUUUCCGGCGACGCACAAUAAUACCGAUAGUUUAUUUCGAUUUACAGCCAAGCCAGAUAAUUUGAUGACACAAAUGAGCACUGAUACCAGUGGUCAAAAUAGUUGGUUGACAGCAUGGUUGGCAAAUAAUGCUUUUACUGUGGCGCCUUUCAAUUCUACCAAUUUGUUAGCAGUGGCAAGCAAUGCAGAAGGUAUAAAUUUGCAAAAAGAAGAAGCGAAUACAACAAAUAUAGCUCUAAAAAUGGAAUCGAAGGAGGAUGAGCAAAUUUCAAAUAGUAUUAAUAUCAGUGUUGCUAAAAACACCUCCCUUACAUCGCCUAGUAAAACACCAAAUUCCACUUCUUCACAGGAAUGUAAGCGAUUAGUAAAUGGAAAGUCACUGGAUGAUUUACUUGAAAAGAAAGGAUUAAGUGUUACUCGAAAUCAUCGAAAUAAACGGAAAGCCAGCAAUCCUCAGCAACUACGGGCAUCAACAGCUUUCGUCAGUGCAGACGAUGAAGAUGAUGAAGGAUUUGCUACACUACCGCGAAAGCAGAAUAUCGUAGAUACAACUACCAAAAUAGACGAAUCUGGUAAAUCACUCAAUGGUAACCUUCCUCAAACAGCAACAGCAAUAGCAACAACAGUAAGCAGAACAACCCCAAAUGGCGUUACACUCGUUGAUGCUUCCACUAGUCCUAUUAAGAGCUGUGACUGUACG